AAAUUCCGGAUUCUGAAAUGAAGAGCUUCUUCUUUUCCACCCUAAUUCUUCCAUCGCCAUUCCUGAGCCCUAAUCCUUUUCUGCACCUUCAAUGCCGACGAAUUGCGAAGGUUCGCCUCAAAUGGGUCAAGAAUCGGAGUCUCGAUCACAUCAUCGACACGGAGACCGAUUUGAAGGCCGCUUCCCUCCUCAAGGACGCCAUUAACCGCUCUUCUACUGGCUUCAUCACUGCUAAAUCCAUCGCCGAUUGGCCAAAGCUUCUCGGCCUCACCAUCCCUGUUCUUCGAUUCAUCCGGAGGUAUCCAACUCUCUUUCACGAAUUUCCUCAUUCUCGUUACGCUAAUUUGCCUUGCUUUCGUUUGACGGAUACCGCGCUGCUUUUAGAUCAGCAAGAGAGUAGUAUUCACCAAAUUCAUGAGAGCGACACUGUCGAAAGACUUUGUAGAGUUCUUAUGAUGAUGAAAACUAGGGCUAUUCCUCUUCAGUCGUUGCGUCCUUUAGAAUGGGAUCUAGGUCUCCCGUGUGGUUUUGAGAGGUCAUUGAUUCCCAAGUAUCCCGAUCAUUUUCGAUUAGUGAAGGCCUCGAAUGGGGAUUGGUGUCUGCGGCUUAUGGAAUGGCGCGAGGAAUUUGCAGUUUCAGCCUUGCAAAGGAGCAAUGAGAGCUCUCAACUGGGAGAUGCGUAUAGGCAAUUCAAAAGGGGGCGUACCACAUUGGCUUUUCCCAUGAGUUUUCCGAGGGGAUAUGGGGCACAAAAGAAGGUAAAAGCUUGGAUGGAAGAGUUUCAGAAGUUACCUUACAUUUCUCCAUAUGAGAGUUGCAGGCAAAUUGACCCCAACAGUGAUCUCAUGGAGAAACGAGUUGUUGGGGUUCUACAUGAGCUUUUGAGCCUCACUCUUCACAAGAAAACUAAAAGAAACUACUUGAGAAGCUUGAGAGAGGAAUUGAAUCUUCCCCAUAAGUUCACUCGAAUCUUCACCCGUUAUCCCGGAAUCUUCUAUCUGUCUUUGAAGUGUAAGACCACGACUGUUUCUCUUAGGGAAGGCUAUCAACGAGGAAAGCUAGUGAACCCACAUCCCUUGACACGUCUAAGAGAAAAGUUUUAUCAUGUCAUGAAGACUGGUCUGUUUUACCGGGGGAAAGGUGCUGCAUUGAUAGAAAAGGAGGGCAUUCUGCUUAAUAAUACAGCCGAGGAGAUGGUGGAGAAUGGUUUGGAUGUUGAAUCAGAUGAGACGGGUGAUGAUGAAUGCUUAGAGGACGAGAACUCGCAGGCAGAGGAAUCUGAUUCAGAUUAAUGGAGUCUGAUAACUGGAUCCUCCCUUUGCUAGUUGCCAAAAAAGAGGGACAAAAAUCAAGCCUCCUAUGCAUAUAUAUGCGAAAUUUUUAUUGGCUGAUAACUCCAUUCGAGGGAUCAACAUUGUCCCAUGCAAAGCAAUGCUUUAUAGUUUAUGCGAUAAAGACAUAAGCUAUAGAGGAAAGAAAUGGUUUGUGGUGACAGAGAUAUGGAAAGAUGGUACUAUCCACUUUCCCGACCCAGGAAAAGAAAUGCUGAAUCUUUGCUAUGUAAGAAACAGCUUCUUUUCCGUACUUCAUGACGUUCGAACUCAAAACUUGAUCCAGCAACAAGUUAAAGAGGACAUGGCUGGUAAAGAAAUUAUAUAUUUGCUCCUUUGUAUAGAUCGGAGUCGGUUUAAUUUCAUAAUUUAUGGGCUUCCUUUUUGAAGGCUGAAAAGAGUUGUCCUGGCACUUCUCUUCUAAAAGGUUAGACAAUGAGAUUCAUUUUGUUGGCGUUUCUCUGUUUGAAAUCACAUCUGGAAUUUUGUUAGCUUGUAGACUAUGAACAGUGUAGAGACAUGCAUAUAGUGUACUCAUUGAUAGACCAAUUCAUAUAUUUGGACAACAAACUUCGUACUAUAAAAUCAAAGGGAAUAUGUAGUCUAGAUGUUGUGGUCGGGUAGAUAAUCAUCGUUAAGUCUAUGAUUACAGAAGAAUUUUUUGUGGUUGGAGCAUCCAUCAAGAACGGGUAUGAUGGAUAGGAUACGUUUCGAAAAUGAACCCAUUGAGGCUCUCUUGUCUUAAAAUUCCUACUUAUUGUAAAACCAAGUGAUCUGAGACCCUAGAAGGGAGGCAUUUGGUAGAUCCAUAUCAAAUUCUCAUACGACACGAAGAGUCGAGUGCUAUGGACAAAUGGACAAUGAAUGAAGAUGUGAUGAAUGGGCACUUUGUGGGCAGUUUAUAGAAGAGAGAUUAGUAAUAACAGGGUCUCUUUUAGAGGGGAGGCUAUAGAACUCCAAAUGAAAGCAUUUCAUUAGUUUUUCCUUAUAGAAAUAACAGCACUUCAUCAUAAGAUGUAUUUGCUACUUUGCAUUGUUGGAUUGAAUGGAUGUAUGAUUGAUUUUCG